GCACCGCCGCCGCCAGCAGCAGCAGCAGCAGCAUGCCGGCCAUCAAGCGAGAGCGCCCCGACCGGGAGGAGCUGGCGCUGGCCGCCUUCAACCAGCCCAUGGAGACCUUGCCCGACUACCUGCUCCCCUUGGCGGCCGCCGCCAUCCCCGUGGUGACCCCCCACCCGCCGCCGCCGCCGCCGCCUCCGUACGAGCAGCUCUUCGCCCAGCACCAGCAGCAGCAGCAGCAGCAGCGCGCCUACCUGGGCUUCCACGAGGGCCCCCACGCCGCCCACUCCCACCCGCACCCCCUCCCCGAGGACCUGAUGCUGGAGCGCUUCUCCUCCAUCCCGGAUUUCCAGCCCUUCUUCGACAACGGCGAGCCCUGCCUGGAGGUGGAGUGCGGCGAGAACAAGGCGCUGCUCUACAUCCACAAGUUGUGCCAAGGCAGCAAGGGGCCCUCCAUCCGCUACCGGGGCGAGUGGCUCACCCCCAACGAGUUCCAGUUCGUCAGCGGCAGGGAGACCGCCAAGGACUGGAAGCGCAGCAUCCGGCACAAAGGGAAAAGUCUGAAGACUCUUAUGUCCAAAGGAAUCUUACAGGUACAUCCUCCAAUCUGUGAUUGCCCUGGGUGUCGAAUUUCGUCUCCAGUGAAUCGGGGGCGUUUGGCCGAGAAGAGGACGAUCCCCUUGCCUCCCACCCGGACCCCAAAGAAAGAGCUGCCCUCCAUUUUUUCACACAGCGACGACAGCGAAGAGAGCGACAAGGUCAACGGUCACCACCCUGAUGUCAAGCAAGAGGAGGAUUUGCAUAUUAGUAUCAUGAAAAGAAGGAUCCAUGCACACUGGGAUCUGAACAUCUCUUUCCGCGAGACCUCUUGCAGCCGAGACAGUGACCUGACUUCCUUCAUCUCCAACCUGCACCAGAGUCGCCAGCUCGUUAUGCCAGAGACCCAGAGCCGCUGCGAGUUCAAGAGAAGCAGCCUCGACGUCGGCUUGGGAGGAGCAGAUGAAGUUUUAGGCAAGAGAAGAGCCUGUUCUCCCAACAGCAGCAGUGAAUGUCCUCUGGAAAACAAGAAAUCCCGAAGUGAGUCCCCAAAAGAGAACUCCCACACGCCACUGCUGGAGGGGGCCGUGACUCAGAUGACCCCCGAGGAGCACUACCGGCGGAUGAUGUCGGCUCUCAACGAACACGGUGCCUUCGAAGAGCAGCAGCAGCAGCAGCAGCGCCUCUACCAGCUGGCCAACAGCAUGGCGGUUCCCAGCCACAGCGGUGAGGGCAGUUUCAUUCCACUUAGGUGCCCAUCUAACUCUUCCCAUCUUCCCAAGAGGAAUGUUCAAUGUCCUCUCUGUUUUUUCUCUUCCAGGGAGAUGUCCCAUCCACCACCUCUCCUGUCACCUCAAAAUGCUCCCCAUAUUGCAUUAGGCCCUCAUUUGAGACCCCCUUUCCUAGGGGUGCCGUCGGCUUUGUGCCAGACGCCGGGUUACGGGUUUCUCCAGCCAGCCCAAGCCGAGAUGUUUGCGCGGCAGCAGGAGAUGUUGCGGAAACAGAACCUGGCCAGGCUAGAGAUGUCGGCCGAGAUCAUCCGCCAGAAGGAGCUGGAGAACCUGCAUCGCCAGAGGCUACUGGCCGGUGACCCAAUGACCUUGCACACGGGCCUGCCCCCCGAUCACCCGGCUCUGCGCAACGUCCACGACAUCCCUGAGGGGCACCCGCUUCGGGACGAGCUCUCGCGGAGGAACGCCAUGCUGGUGCUCCGGCACAACAACACUCCCCUGUUGUCACUGAACCAUCACGGGGUCCCCGGCGCCUCCACCACCCCGCCCAAAGAACACAGCGGCGGCAGCAGUAGCAGCAGCAGAAGGGCAAACCGGAAAUCGGCGCAUCACCGGGCCGAGGCGUCGGGCCAGAACGAAUCCAAAGAGCUAUCCGAAAGCCGGGCCCCUGACGGCAACGACGAGGAGAUGAAGGAUUCGGAGAGCGACGCUGAGGCGAACGACGAGAAGCUGGAAAGCGUGAAGGCCGAGAGCAGUGCUUCGGCCGGCGAGCUCAAGGAGUGCAAAGAGACAGUGAAAGCCUGCGAGGGCGCCAAAGAACUGAGCGAAUUGGCUGCCAGCCAGAACGCUCCUUGCAGCUCCUCCAGUGCCGAAUCACCCAGCCAUCUCCUUGGCCCGGUCAUCAACAAAACCGAAGCCAAAUAUCUUCCUCCGGCCUCUCUCCCUCCACCUCAGCCCUUGCCUUUUGGAUUCCCCUACACCAUGAGCCCCUAUUUCCACGCAGGCACCAUGGGAGGUCUCUUUUUGGAUGGCGAGGAGAGCCCAGCCCUGGAAGACGUCAGCAAGUGGUCGGUGGAAGACGUCUGCAGCUUUGUGGGCAGCUUAUCCGGCUGUGCUGAAUACACUCAGGUCUUCCGAGAACAGGCCAUUGACGGAGAGACGCUGCCCCUCUUGACAGAAGAGCACUUACUGAGCAACAUGGGGCUGAAGCUGGGGCCAGCGCUGAAGAUAAGGUCACAGGUUGCCAAGAGAGUCGGCCGCGUGCUGUACAUGGCCAGCUUCCCCAUGGCCUUCCCGCUGCAGCCCCCCGGCCUGCGCCCCGCAGAGCGCGACUUGCCUCCCUCCGACCUGCGGCCCUCCUCCACGGGGAGCAUGGCCUCUUCUCCUUACAGCAGCUCCCUCCUCCCUGCCAGCCGGAUCUCGCCAAAGCAGGAAAACGGGAACCCCUCCUUGCUGGCCGCCCUCAACGACACCAUCAAGCCGCCGCCGUCAUAACCGCCCUCUGCCCAUCCAGCUG